UUCUCUGAUGAUCCACUUCUUGUAAUAAUAACAAAAACAGAGUGGUUUCUCUAUGAGAUCAACAUUUCUGUUGUUGUUGUUCCUUAGUCUCCUCAAUCUUCUCUUUGUCUCUGUUUCAUGUGCUUCUUCCAUCGAGUUUGUUUACCCUAAUUUCACAGCUUCUAACCUCAGAUUCGUGGAUAGCUCUAAAGGAGCUUUCCUCUUCUCUCGUAAUUCCAACUUCAAAGCCGGUUUAUUCAGUCCCGGCGGCGAUGAUUCCUCUACCGGUUUCUACUUCUCUGUCGUCCAUGUCGAUUCCGGUUCAACAAUCUGGUCAUCAAAUCGAGAUUCCCCUGUUUCAAGCUCUGGUAAAAUGAAUCUUACCCCUCAAGGAAUCUCUGUUAUUGAAGAUGGUAAAAGUCAAUUACUCGUUUGGUCAACGCCGGUUUUAGCCUCUCCGGUUAAAUCCCUUCGGUUAACCGACGCAGGAAAUCUCCUUCUUCUUGAUCACUUGAACGUUUCUCUAUGGGAAAGCUUUGACUUUCCCACUGACUCGAUCGUUCUUGGACAAAGACUCAAACUUGGGAUGUUCUUGUCCGGAUCCGUCUCGCGGUCUGAUUUCUCUACCGGAGAUUAUAAGUUCUUGGUCGGUGAAUCAGACUGUUUGAUGCAGUGGAAAGGACAGAAUUAUUGGAAGCUAAGGAUGCAUACACGAGCUAAUGUUGAUUCUAAUUUCCCUGUUGAAUAUCUAACGGUCACUACUUCAGGGUUAGCUCUUAUGGCACGGAACGGGACGGUGGUUGUAGUCCGUGUGGCUUUACCACCGUCCUCUGAUUUCCGAGUAGCGAAGAUGGAUUCAUCUGGUAAAUUCAUCGUUAGUAGAUUCUCCGGUAAGAAUCUUGUGCCGGAAUUCUCUGGUCCUAUGGAUUCUUGUCAGAUUCCGUUUGUCUGCGGUAAGCUCGGGCUUUGUAAUCUUGAUAAUGCUUCGGAAAAUCAGAGUUGUUCAUGUCCAGAUGAGAUGCGAAUGGGUAAGGGGGUAUGUGUUCCGGUUAGCCAAUCAUUGAGUUUACCGGUUUCUUGUGAAGCAAGAAACAUUACGUAUCUCGAACUCGGCCUUGGUGUGUCUUAUUUCUCUACUCAUUUCACUGAUCCUGUGGAACACGGUCUCCCGUUAUCGGCUUGUCAUGAUCUCUGCAGUAAGAAUUGCUCCUGCCUUGGUGUUUUCUUUGAGAACACGUCUCGGUCUUGUUAUCUGGUUAAGGACUCCUUUGGUUCUUUGUCUCUAGUAAAGAACUCACCAGACAACCAUGAUCUUAUUGGAUACGUCAAGUUGUCUAUCAGAAAACCAACCAUUCAACCUCCGGGAAACAAUAACAGAGGAUCUGGUUUUCCUUUGGUCGCACUUGUGCUCUUACCUUGCUCUGGUUUCUUCCUUCUUAUUGCCUUAGGGCUUCUCUGGUGGAGAAGAUGUGCAGUGAUGAGAUACAGCAGCAUCCGUGAGAAGCAAGUAACUAGACCUGGGUCGUUUGAAUCAGGAGAUCUAGGAUCUUUCCAUAUCCCAGGGUUACCUCAGAAAUUCGAGUAUGAAGAGCUAGAACAAGCGACCGAGAAUUUCAAGCUGCAGAUAGGGUCAGGCGGAUUUGGCUCAGUCUACAAAGGAACUCUCCCGGAUGAAACACUCAUUGCCGUCAAGAAAAUUACAAACCAUGGGCUUCACGGUAGACAAGAGUUUUGCACGGAAAUCGCGAUAAUUGGAAAUAUCCGACACACGAAUCUAGUGAAACUCCGAGGCUUUUGCGCUCGUGGGAGGCAGUUGCUCUUAGUCUACGAGUACAUGAACCAUGGAUCGUUAGAAAAGACUCUGUUUAGUGGGAAUGGUCCGGUGCUUGAGUGGCAAGAAAGGUUUGAUAUAGCGCUUGGGACUGCUCGCGGACUCGCGUAUCUCCACAGUGGAUGUGACCAGAAGAUUAUCCACUGCGACGUGAAGCCAGAGAACAUCUUACUGCACGAUCAUUUCCAACCGAAGAUAUCUGACUUCGGGUUAUCAAAGCUUCUGAAUCAAGAAGAGUCAAGUCUGUUCACGACGAUGAGAGGUACUCGAGGUUAUUUAGCUCCAGAGUGGAUAACGAAUGCAGCUAUCUCUGAGAAAGCUGAUGUGUACAGCUAUGGAAUGGUUUUGUUAGAGCUAGUGAGUGGUCGGAAAAAUUGCUCGUUCCGAUCUCGGAGCAACAGUGUGACGGAGGAGAAUAAUCAGAACCACUCGUCGACUACGACCACUAGUACUGGUUUGGUAUAUUUCCCAUUGUACGCUUUGGAUAUGCACGAACAAGGGAGGUAUAUGGAGCUGGCUGAUCCGAGGCUAGAGGGUCGGGUAACGAGCCAAGAAGCUGAGAAGUUGGUUCGGAUAGCUUUGUGUUGCGUUCACGAGGAGCCGGCGUUAAGGCCGACGAUGGCAGCAGUAGUGGGGAUGUUCGAAGGAAGCAUACCGUUGGGGAAUCCAAGGAUGGAGUCUUUGAAUUUCUUGAGGUUUUAUGGGCUGAGGUUUGCAGAGUCUUCCAUGGUUGAAGGGCAAAAUGGGGAGAGUGAAACUAUGGUCUUCCACCGGCGAGAGAGCUCUAAUAGCGGCGGCUCUAGGCAGUCCGCAUCUUACAUAGCGUCUCAAGAAGUUUCCGGACCACGAUGAGAUUGCCUAAACGUGAAUUUUUUUUGUCUUUUGUAAUAUAUGUUUUUGGUUACU